AGUACAUUCUCAAGUAUUGCAGCUAUCAACAAAAGAAUAGUCUAUCGAGUCAUACGACAAAAUACAAAUGCCUACAACAUAAUAUAUUAGACAAAAAAAAACAAUUAAAGACAAUUUUGAUCAACUUAUUCAAAUACUUUCAACAUCUUUUGUACCCAAUAAAAUUCUCCUUUAGAUAAAUCUUAUUUUCCAAUAAGAAACUAGCGAAUCAUUAUUGCCAGAUUAUUUUUAAAUUAUUCAGUUGAAGAUUUACUGUAGAACAUUGAACGUGGAAAUUUUUUAGUCAAAAUUCUGAUCAACGAGACUACUAAGAAUUGCCGCUAACAUAAAAACUAACAUUCAGUCCAUAGAAUGUAAUUAUUUUAAGAAUAAACAAUUUCAAUUUUAUCUAACUUAACUUUGGCAUUCAUAAACGGCAGAAUUCGUAUUUACAGGUACAAUGAUAUUCUGUGUGGAAUAAAUAACUAUUGGCUCGUAUUGCGCAUAUUAUUUGCAUUCAGCAACGUCAGGGGUUCAUUUUUCAAAGGUUGUCUGUGAAACCCGUUUUAAAUCUUUUUAUCAAACGGAAGAGAUUAGGCUGAAGGCAGAGACCUAGCCUAUGGUGAGGGUUAGAACUGCUACAGUCAAAGUGAAGUAUAUGUGCUAUUAUUAAAUCUACUGGAUGAAAUAAAUCUCGGUCACGCUUCAUUACAUUGAUGCAUGAACACUGUUGGUGAAAUUUAUAGUUUUUUCCACAUGACAAAGUGAAUGUAAGAUUUGUACGAGACCUAUCUCUAUUUCAAAGCAUCUAUACGUAUUCUAUAGUAUAUUAUUCUUUUUAUUUGAUAGUUAUUACUUAGCAAUACAUAAAUUAUGGACCUAUUUCAAUAUUGACAUUAGUUCUCUUUUCUUCGUAUGAAUAGAUUAAAGAAAAAGAGAUUGUGGCAAUAAAUAUUUUUUCGGCAGUUGAAUCACAAGAAGUUAUACAUCAAUAAUAUUCAAUCUAAUGUCAACUGUAAGUAAAAUCUGAGAGCAAAUAAAAGUUUAGUACAUAACUAGACCUUGAAAUUUAACUACGAGAACUUCAUUUAUAAAUAAAUGGAUUACUGACACCAUAUUAAUUUACAAAAAUUCAUAAGUUAAGCAAGAUAUUUAUUGAAUAAUGAAUGAUAACUUUGAACAACUUGUCAAUGCACUUUCCAUAACUCCUUUGUCAAUUGAUAUUCAUUCAAAACUUACAGUUCUGAUCGAACAACAAACUUUCGAAUCUGAUUCGUGUUUAUUUCUCAAUCGAUACAAUCAUUAGUCAUUCUAGAAAACUGGGCAUGACAACGGCUCAGCUAUGAUUCUCAUCAGUGGAUCAAUCAAUCAGAUUAUUUAACUUUAUUUCAUACACUUUCAUCAUUUAAUAAAAAUCUAAUUAUCAAUUUCGAUAAUAUUGAAGUAGAAACAAAAGCAUUACUUCUUAUUUCUUGUACAGUAGAUCAAGUUAAUAGUAUAUUUGAAGGAAUUAAUCAAAGUAAUGACGAUAAUGAUCGAUUUAUUGCCAUCAUUAGUGUUUGGUUUGAUAAUUUAGCAUUUUUCAUUAAUGAAGAUCCUCAGUUUGACACAUCACCUAUUAUUUAUCAUAUCAAUCAAUAUAUUGGACGCAACUAUGUUAUGACUGAUCAAUUCAAAUUUUAUUUAACUCAACUUCAACAACAAACAAACUUACCAAAAUCAAUAUUUACUACUAAACAAUUAUUUUAUAUAAAAAUAUGUUCAUUAUCUUUAAGUUCAUAUUUAGCUGCCAAAGCUCAAAAUUUUCUUUUUACUGCUGAAGAGAUAUUACAUCAUGUUGGCAAUCAGUAUUUACAAAUAAUUAAUAUUCAUAGUCAUACGAUGGAAUCGUGGAGUGACGAACUGCUUAUUUGUAUGACUUAUCUUACGGCUUUUAUUUGUGGAUGUUGUUGGUGGGGCGGAGAAAAAAAUAACUCACGACUUAUGCGUAUAAAUAGUUAUCAACCAUUUUAUGAAGUAAUUAAAAGUGAACAAUCGAGUAAUGUAUUAAUUUUAAUUGAUGUCAUUUUACAAUUUUUAUUAUAUAUAUUACAAACACAAAAUAUGAUUUGUUUUUUUCGUUCAAAUAUAUUAUCACCCGAUAUACUUUUGAUCAUUGCUGAAAAUUCAUCGUGUGACAAACUCUCUUUAUAUGCAUAUGCCGUUUUAAGUGAAGUUUUAACUGAUGAAAAAUUAAAAGGAUUAAAAGUUACUGACAGCAUCUGCAAUUUUCUCUUUGAUAUACUUGAACAAGGAUGGUAA